AUGAAAAGUUCAAAUUCCUAUGUGAGGUUGUCAAAUUCUCACGCUGUAUAUUUUCUUUCAGAUUCCUUUGUUUCUUCCUCUUCCUCUCAGCCUGUAUCUCUAUUUUCGACCUCACAAGAGGGAUUGAGCUCUCUUUGCUCUGAUGAGCCACCUUCAGAAAUUACGACUUCCUCCUCUUGUUCAUCUUCUGAAAUAUGUAACACUGACCUUACAAUACUACAUGGAGUAAAAAGCAAAAUGUUAGGCAGCCAGAUUCUUUUAGCCCAAGAAGAAAAAGACUGCUUGGCUCUUCUAGAUGGGAAAAAGAUGGAAAAGCCUCCGGGGACCAGCAAAGACAUAGAAGACUCCCCAGUUUCUGCUGCAGGAGAAGUUCACUGCAACCGUCCUUCCAUUCCACUCAGCUUCCUGGGUCAUCCUGCUUUUCUCUCAAAGGAAGUUGGUCAAAUGGAACAACAGAUAAAUAAAGAUCAAGAGUCCAGGAACCCAAAUGAGGAACCAAAUAGGGAUGAUAUACCUGCUUCGGAUGCAAAUGACAAGUUCACUUUGCUAACAGCCCAGAAGCCACCCACCCUGCAGCCUAAAGCCGAAGGCAUUUGUCCAUAUUCCUUGUCUCCUUCUGAAGCUUCAGGAGGUGGUGUUAUGGAAAAGGAUUCCCCUGAAUCACCAUUUGAAGUAAUAAUUGACAAAGCAGCAUUUGACAAAGAAUUUAAAGAUGCAUAUAAGGAAAGCAUAAAUGAUUUUGGUAGCUGGGCAGUGCAUACUAGUAGAGAAUCACCUGCAGACAUUUCAGAGUCUAAUGACAAAGUAUUUCCACUGAGAAAGAAAGAAGCAGGGCGUUACCCAGCCUCUGCAUUGCUCAUCAGGCAGUUUUCACACACAACUGCAGCAUUGGAGGAGGUAUCUAGAUGUGUGAGUGAUAUGCAUAACUUUACUAAUGAAGUACUGACUUGGGAUUUGGUUCCCCAAGUGAAACAGCAGACUGAUAAAUCUGAGUACAACACAAAAACUACAGGACUUGGCACUAGUGAAUAUAAUUCAGAAAUUCCUGUUGUAAAUCUGAAAAUGAACACUCAGAAAAUUCCUGUAUGUUCUAGUAAUGGAAGCACUACUAACACUAAAUCACCAGAUGACUGGGCGGAAACAUCUCUCCCGCAAGAAAAUGCUGUGCCAGACCAUUUGGAUUCCACACAGGAAGUCACUAUCAAAGAUGUGCAAGACAAAGUGCAGAAAAGAGACGACACACUUUCAGAGUUACCUGGAUCUCCACUGGAGAAAUGUGUCUCUCUCGGUUCUGGAGUGGCCACAGAUAAAGUGGUUUUACCCGACGGCCACCUGAAAGGUGGAAUAAGCUGGCGGACCUCUGUGUUGGGAGAAAUGACAGAGGCUGAUAGUUCUGGUGAAUCUGAUGACACAGUAAUAGAGGACCUCACAGCAGAUAAUUCAUUUGAGAGCAACAAAAUUCAGGCUGAAAAGCCUGUUUCCAUCCCAAGUCCUGUUGUAAAAACAGAUGGAGAAGUCAAAGAGAUCCUCAGUUGUAAUAAGAGAGACAGAACAUCUGAAAAUUUUGAAGGGUCGGUCAGUGACUCUGAGCCACAACAAGUUCAGCCUGGUCCUCUUGAAAGGAGCCCGAGUGAGGCAGUAUGUUCACUAGUAUCUAAUAAGAAUGGCACGUCAGAAGUGAAGCAGUCAGGCAGUAAGCAUGAAGCUGUUCCUGAAAAGCCUGUUGCAGCUGAGAACCCCAAACUCCCUUCAGAAGCAUCUCCUACAGAACUCUCACAAAGUGUGACAACCUCUGCCUAUUUGGAGGCAUUGCAUGAAAAAAAUGUGAAAGAUAUAGAUGAUUCUUCCCCAGAGGACCUGAUGGCGGCCUUUACAGAAACCAGAGAGAAAGGAAUAGUAAGUAAAGGUGAAGGAAAUACCUUCGAAGCAACAUCAGAGCAAACUAAGGACUUUAAAACAAGUCUUCCUCUAGAUGUUUUGCAUGAGAGUAAGUCACGUGUUUCUGAAAUUAAAAACAUAAAAAGCAAAUACAGUGAACAAAGCAAAGAAACAAAUGGGAGUGAGCUUCUGGAAGUUUUCCCUACCCAAGGUACUCCAGUAGCAUCUCUCGACUUAGAGCAAGAACAGCUCACAAUCAAAGCACUUAAAGAACUGAGUGAAAGGAAGGUUGAGAAGUCAGCUUCUGUACAGGAUAAAGGAGAAUCUCCUGAAGAAAUAUUCAAACAGACUUUAACAUUUGUUCCAGAAUCAUCUUGGCCACAGAAAUCAUAUGAUGUCCUGGAACACAAAGACGUCAAGACUGGAUCUGGUCUUGAGAUUUCCAAGAAGCCCACUGUUAUCAAAGAAACUACUAGGGUAGAGGUUAUUUCCAUCCUUAGCGAGACUGAACCGGUAAACAAGCCUGUCCUAACAAGACUUCUGACAGACUUAUCAGGUAACCGUUUACAUUAGAAAUACUGCAUGUGGGGGGAAAAAAGAAAUACUGCAUGUGGUUAAUUCUGCUAUGAUUGAUUAUUUAGAGGGCCAUUUUCUUAGUCUCUGAUUUAUAUCACUAAAUUAUAGCUAGAAUAAAAUAUACUGUAUAAUGGGGAAAGGUAGAUUUUUUUUUUUAAUGGUUGUUUGAUUUGGUUUUCUUAUACAAAUGUUUCCCAAAGCAGGAGACUACUUGGUAAAAUUAAUAUUCUCCUAAAGAAAAAAAAUGUCAUCAUCCAGUUUUUUCAAGGUCCUCCUUUCAUUAUAUGUAGGGGAGAUUGCUGCUUUUAAGACUAUCACUAGGCUCUUGUUUACACAGAUUAUUAUAAAAUCUCACUAACAGUAGCACUGCUUAGCCCUUGGGUUUUUUGCUUAGCCCUUGUAAAAUCUAUUUAGCAAUCAAAGAAAGGAAUUCCUGCUGGGAAGAUAAUAAAUGAAACUUUUAAUUAAUUUGAUCUUAUACCACAGAGAUUUUAUGCUCUGAAAGUAGGUAACCAGUACUGUAGUACAGUCGUGCCAGUGAUACUUUAGGAGAACUCAUGCAUUGUUCUACUUUGGACCUUGUUGACAUUCUUCAGGUCAAAACUCUUUGUAUGGUACUAGAAGCCCUUCUGCUUGUCUUCUGUUUAUUUGAGUGAUUACUUUCAUAGCUGUUGGCCUUCAUUUAAAUUACUUUAGAUGCUCCCUGUUCUGGUGUCUUCGUGUAAUGAAAAAAAGAUCUAUAAAGCCUCCAAAAUCGACUCCCAACCUCUGAUCUGAUAUGAGGUUCUGCACUUGGUGUAUGAUCAGUGUGGACAGAGUUAGGUGCUAUGCAGGGCUCUGUGGUUUUCCAAGCUUUUUAAACAAUAGAUUCCUCUUUCAAAUGAAAUCAGACACAGAGUUAUAAUAUUUAAAACAAAAAGGUUUUUGUUAAGAGAAACUUUUUAAGUGAGAUUGUACCAUUUACUUUUUUUUUUCCCCUGUAAAGGUUUUAUUAUGCACAGACUAAGCAGGGGGCUCAGUCCUUAGCAGCCACUUCCCUCUGGUCACUUCUUCCAGCAAGGGUGCCGCUAACUUGCUUUGCUUGGUUAGGUUCCCUGCUGGCAUCUGUGGGUCACCCUGAAGCCUACAGCCGUGGGCUGCUGCAGAGCCGUGACUGCUGCCCGUUAUAGCCUGCAGCAGAAAGGCACCGUAUACUUCUUAUUUUAUAAAGGUAUUUCCUUACUAAAGACCAUAGGCAGGUUAUUUAACCUUACUAAAUCUUAAUCCUUAAAAUAGAGAUAAUAAUGGUACUUACUUUAUAAUAGUGUGAAGAUUACAAGUGUAAAUGCAGGUUAUAAAGGGCCUCAGUUCAUUCAGUUCAGUCACUCAGUCAUGUCCGACUCUUUGCAUCCCCGUAGACUGCAGCACUCCAGGCUUCCCUGUUCAUCACCAACUCCUUGAUUCGUCAAACUCAUGUCUAUCAAGUCAGUGAUACCAUCCAACCAUCUCAUCCUCUGUUGUCCCCUUCUCCUCUUGCCUUCAUUCUUUCCCAGCAUCAGGGUCUUAUCUAAUGAGUCAGUUCUUCACAUCAGGUGGCCAAGUAUUGGCGAUUCAGUUUCAGCAUCAGUCCUUCCAGUGAAUAUUCAGGACUGAUUUCCUUUAGGACUGACUGGUUUGAUCUCCUUGCAGUCCAAGGGACUUUCUAGAGUCUUCUCCAACACCACAGUUGAAAAUCAUCAAAUUAUUCAGUGCUCAGCUUUCUUCAGAGGGCCUAGUAUGUAGUAAAUACUCAUUUAGCAGCAGGUACAGGACCUGGCAUAUAGUAGGUCCUGGAUCAUUAUUUGUUACUGAAUGCAGUGUUAAUAAUUAUCUGUGAAAACACUGAGGCUUUUUUAUAAACUCAAAAAUGUGAAAUGGCAGUUAAGGAUAGCUGUUAUACUCUAGAAGUUGAAGAUAGUUGAACUUGGAUUAAACAGACCUGAAUCCGUAUUAUUGCUUUACACCAUCUAGAAAUGUGACUUUAAACAAUUAAGUUACAUCACCUUUUGGGGCUUUAGUUUUCUUAUCUAUAAAGUGAAGAUGUUGAUGUAGGUGAUCAUCAAUACCAUUUCUCUGACCCUGGUAAAUACUAGCUUUCUUCAUGAGUUGUUGUCAAAAUUCUUAAACAUAGGUUUUUGAAGUGAUGAGGUGUAUAGAAAUUAGGUAACAAUCUGGUGUCUAAUCCUGGCAAAUUCCUGCUUUAGUGUGUGUGACCUUUGACAAUUAGUCAAAUUGGUUUGGCAUCUUGCUUUGUUAAUAUUGUGGUAUUUUGCCCUGCUUCAUAGUGUUACAGUAAAUAACGUAUUGUGUAAAUACUAACUAUUAGUAAAUCUCAACUGAGUUAUUUAAUCUAGUGUGAGAGGUGAAAAGGACUAUGGAAGUUUAAGUUGUUUUGUCACUGAACAAAUUCUAUGAUUAAUAGAUAUUUUUAGAUGAUAAUUAAAGAAAACUAGUAUAAUUAGACCAAGAAGCUAAAAGUUCUUCCUUUGAAGGUUUCAGAAUUGAAAACCUUUUAAAAUUGUCUUACAUCAUGAAUAAAUCUUUUAAGAUGUAAAUUAUACUAAUAUAUACCAGAAUCUAGCUCUAAGCAGUGUAUCUGAGCAGUCUUCAUUUCUAAAGUAAAACCAAUUCUGUAAUUAUAUUCUGCCUAAAGUUGUUGGGGAAAAUAGGCAAAGGAAGCUAUGAAAAAAUAAAUGGUCUUUUAUUUUCCUUUUGCUAUUCUGUGGUAUAUAUGGCAGUAUUUAACAGACCUGGAAAUGACCUAGCAAUUUUGUUUCUAGGUAUGUACUCUAAGGGGAAAAGAAAUUUAUGUGCGAAAACAACUGUAAAGAUAUUCUUUGUAGGGCUGUUUACAAUAGUGGCAGGUAUCUUAGUGCCUCAACAAUUAAAGAUUGUUGGAGUGUGUGACAUAUCUGUGCAGUCGAAUGUUAUACAGCCACUGGAGUUGUUACAGGUUGAUGUGAAGUACAAAAAGAAAUACACUUGUAUUUCUGUAUAUUAGAAUUAACUUCUAUUGUUAAUUAAUAUUUGCUUUCAAACUAAAGGACCCUUUGAUUACCAUCUGACCAAAUUCCUGAAUUUCCCCAGAGGGAAAUUAUCUUAUAGUGUUGUGUUAGUUUCUGCUCCACUACAUUUUAAAUGUGCAUAUAUGGUAUUGUUUUGUGCUUUUAAAACUUUAUUAAUUUUAUCUUUGUUGGGACUUCCCUUGUGGUCCAGUGGUUACAAAUCUGUGCUUCCAUUGCUAGGACCGUGGGUUUAGUUCCCUGGUGGGGGAACUAAGAUCCUUCAUUUCAUGCAGAGCUCACCCAAAAAAUAAAUUAAUAUUAUCUUUGUUAUGCAACUUGUUUCAUUCAACAUUAGGUUUUUUAACUCUUUUCAUAUGGAGGUAUAUAUAAUUUUAUUUAUUUUAAUCACUGUGUAAUAACCCAUUUUAUUACUAUAUUAUUUUUCUUUUAACUAAUAUUUGGGUUAUUUUCCAUGUUUUACUAUUGUAGACAUUGCUGAAGUUAACAUCCUGUACUCAUCAGUUUUUAUACAUAUGCAUGUAUUUCUCUUGGGUCCUUAUGCCACUGCUUAUCAAUUUCACUUCUGUAUAUGCAUUAUUUUUCUAGUUACUGUCAGUUUGCUGUCAAAGUUGGAGUUUCUUCUGUUAUGCGAAAAUGUUCAUAGUUUAUUAAUAAAAACUAUAUUAUUUAACACAGUAGUUUUUAUUAUAUGAUGAAUACUUAAAGUAGACAAAACAAGUGAGAAAACAAGGUUUUCAGAAUAAUACUUAUUUUCAUGUCAUUGAAAGUGAAUCUGUAUACCUACACACAGUGUGAUUCUGAAGUAAAUUUUUAAGAACAAGAUCACAGUGAUUUUUCUUGCAAUGUGGCCAAGUAGGCUUUUACUGGACCUUUGUUGGGACUUCUCUGGUGGUCCAGUAGUUAAGAGUCUGCCUUGCUGUGCAGGGAACACUGGUUUGAUCUCUGGUCCAGGGAAAUCCCACAUGUAGCGGAGCAACUAAGCCCAUGUGCCACCAGUACUGGAGCGCACGCUCUAAAGCCUGUAAGCCACAACUCUCAUGCUAUGUGCCCUAACUGCUGAAGCCCACCUGCUCCAGAGAAACCACCACAGUGAGAAGCCUGUGCACCCACGAGGAGUAGUCCCGCUCACCACCAAUAGAGAAAGCCUGUGCACAGCAACAAAGACCAAAGGAUGUAAAUAACUGAAACUAUUUUUUAAAAAAAGGAUCUGCACUCCCAUCACAGGGGACACGGGUUCAUUUCCCUGAUCAGAGAACUAAGACCCCACAUGCCACAGUGUGCAGGUAACUUUCUUCAUGUAAAUAUAUACUCUGGACAGAAUUGUGGGGUUAAAAGGGAGACCUGAAAGCACUGGGAAAAUGAGCAAAAGCGGGCAAAUUCUAAAAAAGGACUGACACUUUCAAGAAGAGACAACAUGAAAUCAAUUUUCUAUUUUUACUGUUUCUUGCCAGAGAAAGACUGAAGUUGGCAUCUGACAGGGUGGUUAAAAUUUUAGUAGAAGACUUAUUACUAGGACUUUGCCGGUGGUCCAGUGGUUAAGAAUCACCUUACAAUGCAGGGGACACCAGUUUUUUCGAUCUCUGGUCCAGGAAGAUCCCAAAAGCUGCUGGGCAACU